CUCAGUAAUCGAGUGAUAUGUCUUCGUGUGCUACAUGCGUACUUGCAUCCGACAUUGUUGUUGAACCCGGGAUAGCUUUGUUGCUAGCCUUCCAAACAGACGUAUCGGCAUUUUCCGAGCAUAUUUCAAUCAAUUUCCCUGAAAUUGAAUUCCAGACGUGCCCAUGGGUGUGUUCACCAAGCCAGUCUUCCGCAACAGCCAAAAGAACCGCAUAUUUACUGCAGCCGCCGGCUACCUGGUGAUGAGCGGGUUCAUGAAGGCCUUGACAAUGAGCGGUGCCAUGGUCUCUGACGGCAUAUUGAUGCCUGAGAACUGGGUCGGCUACUCGUGGUCGAGGAAGAUGGAGAGGUAUGCCACCUGCAUGAUGGCAGACCGAAAGAAAAACGAUACGAUGGAAUCACUCAUGGACCUACAUCUCCUCGCAUCUGUGGUGCCAGCAUACAGAUACUACAAGCGCAUGGUCCUCGAAAAGGCAUUCCCACGUCCUGAGUUCCGUAUAGACUGGGUCAGCGACCUCAGCUCCACGCAGCUCUUUUUCUACAACUGGGCCUUGUUGCACUGCGGCAGUGAUAUGGGCAAAGAAUUGAUUGACCUCACCGCCAAGAACAACCCUUACUUCCACACAUCAUUCAGGUGCGAAAAAGGAGCCGCGAUGUACAAAGCCAAACCAUGCAUCCUCUGGAACACCACCAGGAUAAACUACUGA